CCCAAAAUCCACGAGCACCUCCCCCAUCGUCCUCACGGACCUCACGCGCCCUGCCCCUCUCGCUCUCCGCCUCCCCGCCCCACACCCAUCGCCACCCACCAGCACCUCCGGCGGCCCCCACCCCCGCCUCCUCCCCGCGUGUCCGCGGUCUGCACCCGGCGUCCCUCGCGGCGUUGACGCGCGAACGUCCCGUCGCCCGGUGAGUAACGGAGAGACCGAACCAUGAGCGGAGGGGUGGAACCGGAGACCCCGCCGGGUAGCAGCAGCAGGAGCGGGGGCAGCAGGAGCGUCGGUGGCAAGCCGCCACGCCACCACCUCACGUCUAUCCGCCACUGCGCCAGCAUCGCCCGCAUCGCCGCCGCCUCCGCCGGAUUCGGGCUGGAUUCGGGGACGCUCAGCUUGAUCUCACCUACCGCAGACAUCCAUCCGGGCUUCUUGCCUGUGUUCAGGUCGGGGAGUUUCGCUGAUAUUGGACCCAAAACGUACAUGGAGGACGAACAUGUCUGUGUGGACAACCUGGUUGAGCACCUCGGGUUCUAUGGCCCGGGCAUCCCUGCACCGGGUGCUUUCUAUGGGGUGUUUGAUGGCCAUGGUGGCACUGAUGCUGCCUGUUUUGUCCGGAAAAAUAUACUGAAGUUCAUAACCGAAGAUUGCCACUUCCCCAACAGCAUCGAGAAGGCAAUCAGAAGCGCUUUUGUAAAGGCCGACAAUGCAAUUGCGGAUUCCCAUUCUCUUGACCGGAAUUCUGGGACCACAGCAUUGACGGUCCUUAUAUUUGGCAGGACACUGCUUGUUGCGAAUGCCGGUGACUGUCGAGCUGUAUUAGGAAAGCGAGGCCGAGCUGUUGAACUCUCUAGAGACCACAAACCCAGCUGCAUAGUUGAAAGGCUCAGAAUCGAAAACCUGGGUGGUACCGUCUUUGAUGGCUACCUCAACGGUCAGCUGGCUGUAGCAAGGGCAAUCGGUGAUUGGCACAUGAAAGGCUCCAAGGGCUCUGUAUGCCCUCUUACACCAGAACCUGAGUUUAGGGAGGUUAGGCUUACUGAGGAAGAUGAGUUCUUGAUAAUAGGCUGUGAUGGCCUUUGGGAUGUGAUGAGCAGCCAGUUUGCUGUUUCCAUGGUCAGGAAAGAGCUGAUGGAACACAAUGAUCCACAACGGUGCUCGCGAGAGCUUGUCCACGAAGCGCUUAGGCGCGACUGCUGUGAUAACCUAACCGUAGUUGUUGUGUGCUUCUCAGCGGACCCACCCCCUCAAAUCGAGAUCCCAAGAUUCCGAGUACGAAGAAGCAUCUCAAUGGAAGGGCUUCAUAGGCUGAGGGGUGCUCUUGACAGUAAUAUCUGAAGCUUAAAAGUGUCCCUUCGGCUGUAACUUCUGUCGUCGUUGGUAUGUUGAAGUUUUGCUCCACCCAUUGGUGUUUUGAGAUAGUCUCAGAAUAAGUUUUGUAGAAUUAUUUUGGAAGAAAUUUUGUUGAGGUGUAGGCUAAUUAAUCUUUUUUUUGUUGAGGCAGUGAUUUAUAUGUACCGGUCACCAUUUGAUUGUUGGAUGCUCACGAUGUAAUCGAGCAAUUAACCGACAUUGUUCUGGUACGAAUGAGAGUUAUAGGAGUUGAUCAUUUUUUUC